CCCCUCGACCUGCUGCCGCUUCCGUCCCUUCAUGUUGGGAUCUUGACCAGUCCCACAGAGCGCCUUUUCCCGGCCGUUAAAACAUGCAGACCUUUCAGUUGCUCCCCCGGAAGUCGGUACUGCUGGGCAUCACGCUUGUUGCCUUCUUUGUGGUCCUCUUCAGGUUAUACGGCGACGUGCCAGUCGAGUAUUACCGCAACCUCAGCCCAGACGAAGGAGCGCUGCCGGACGUCCAGGUCCAGAAUGAUAAGCCGCAGCCCGGAUACUUCAAAGCGCAGCCCGAGUGGGACUGGAAGGUGCCUCCUCGAGCAAGGGGCUGGGAGGGAUAUGCAAAGAGCCCUCGGAAUCGUGACGUGGUCGUCCUCACGGCCAGCGACGGUGGAGGUCACAAUAGUGCCAUCCCGAAUGUGCUGCAGCGGGUCCUAGGCGAUCGCAAAAACUACUGUGACAAGCACGGCUACACAAACCUCUGGCUAAACACGAGCCGUUAUGACAUUGGCGCGGCACAUCGGACUUGGUCCAAAAUUCCCGCCGUGGCCGAAGCGUUCUAUCUGUACCCAGAGGCCGAAUGGGUCUGGCUCAUUGAUACCGACAUCAUCAUCAUGACUCCCGAGUACGACCUCGUUGAACAGAUCCUCUCCCCCAACGCCAUCAAGCGCGGCCUCAUGCGUGGCACUCCCAUCCUCGACGGGCAGCUGAAGAAGAACCCCACCAACAUCUCUACCCCGGACGAAUUCCGCGUCGAAGACAUCGACAUCCUAAUUACGCAGGACCACCAGAGCGUCAACACUGGCAGCACCUUCUUCCGCCGCACCGCCUUCACACGUUACUUGUUGGAGAUCAUGACGGACUACAAGAUGCUGAUGGGCAGCGAACACCCAGGCGCUGAGCAGGAUGCCCUCAAGCACCUUAUGCUCGAGCACCCGCUGGUGCGGAAGCAUGUGGGCAUCUACCCCCAGCGCAAGUUCAACGCCUACGUACAAGGUGGUGACAACAUGGGGUAUCGGGAUGGUGACCUUCUUGUCCACUUCGCGGGCUGCUGGGUCGGAGGGAAAUGUCAAGAAUGGUUUGAACAGUUCUGGGAGAAGAAGGGCCAUACGGACAAGUGGCGACCCGAGGGCUCACAGUGAGCUACGCAUUUGCGGCUCUUCCCUGGACAUCAUCGGUCACCACUUUGGAUUUAUUCCUCACAUUUCCCGUCACGGAUAAUACUGGAGUUCCCUUUUGUGUACAAUAUCCCGAUCCUUUCCUUGGGUUAUCCUCUGUCGGAAAACGAUGGUAUACUAUUGUCUUUCCUUUUGUCUGCGUUUGG